GCUCAUUCUUCCUGAAUGGUUUUGACAAUCUGUCCCUUGACAGGGUCCUCAGGGGCAUCGCCUCUUCCUGGGUGCUCCCUGAGGUGUCCUGUGUGCCUCGAGCUGGGCAGACCCUGGGCCCCCUCCAUCUGGCGUGUGCUGGGAUCUGACUGGCAUCUCUCCCUGCAGGCCUACAACAUCCACGUGAACGGGGUGUUGCACUGCCGGGUGCGCUACAGCCAGCUCCUGGGGCUGCACGAGCAGUUAAGGAAGGAGUAUGGUGCCAACGUGGUCCCAGCCUUUCCCCCAAAGAAGAUCUUCACGCUCACCCCGGCGGAGGUAGAGCAGCGACGGGAGCAGCUGGAGAAGUACAUGCAGGCUGUGCGGCAGGACCCGAUGCUGGGAGGCAGCGAGACCUUCAACAGCUUCCUGCGCAAGGCCCAGCAGGAGACGCAGCAGAUCCCUACGGAGGAGGUGGUGCUGGAAGUGCUGCUCUCCAAUGGGCAGAAGGUCAAGGUCACCAUCCUCACCUCGGACCAGACGGAGGACGUCCUUGAGGCUGUAGCCUCCAAGCUGGAUCUGCCAGAUGACCUGGUUGGCUACUUCAGCCUCUUCCUAGUGAGAGAGACCAAGGAUGGAGCUUUCUCCUUCGUGCGGAAGCUGCAGGAGUUUGAGCUGCCAUAUGUGUCGGUCACCAGUCUGCACAACCCCGAGUUCCGGAUCAUCCUGCGCAAGAGCUACUGGGACUCGGCCUAUGAUGACGAUGUGAUGGAGCAUCGUGUGGGGUUGAACUUGCUGUAUGCGCAGACGGUGUCGGACAUCGAGCACGGAUGGAUCGUGGUCAACAAGGAACAGCACCGGCAGCUGAAGUCCUUGCAGGAAAAAGUUUCCAAGAAGGAGUUCAUCCGCCUGGCGCAGACCCUCAAGUACUACGGCUAUCUCAAGUUUGACCCCUGCGUCACCGACUUCCCAGAGAAGGGCUGCCACGUCGUCGUCAGCGCUGGCAACAACGAGCUCAACUUCCAGGUGCGGCUGCCGAACGAGCAGAUCAAGGAGGGCAGCUUCAAGGUCACGCGCAUGCGGUGCUGGCGGGUCACGUCCUCGGUGCCAAUGAGCAACGGCCCCUCAGGGAGCAGCCCGGGGAAGUCCGAGGUGAAGCUGGAGUUGGCUUUUGAGUACCUGAUGAGCAAGGACCGGUUGCAGUGGGUCACCAUCACCAGCCCACAGGCCAUCAUGCUGAGCAUCUGCCUGCAGUCCAUGGUGGAUGAGCUAAUGGUGAAAAAGUCUGGAGGCAGCAUCCGCAAGAUGUUUCGGCGGCGGGUGAACGGGGCCCUGCGGCGCUCGGACAGCCAGCAAGCUGUGAAGUCGCCCCCUCUGCUGGACUCACCCGAUGCCUCCCGGGAGCCCAUGGCCAAACUCUCGAGCAAGCUCACCUCUGUCAGCCUGCGUGGGAUCAGCCACUCCAGCUCUGCUAACGACGUGGGUGCUAACGACUUCCACGGCAAUUACGCCUUUGAGGGCAUUGGCGAUGAGGAUCUGUAGUGCUCCCCUUCCCAGGACAGCCCCGGCCCAAGUGAGGGCCUUUGCUGAGGAAUGUACGACCUGCAGCCAGGUUGCAAUCAACGUGCCUCUCACCUGCUACAUCCACCUUCCCCUGCUCCCUGGGGCUGGGAGCUCACCCCCAGCCCGCCGUUGCCUUCGGGGUGGGGCAGCUGAACUCCUCCCACUGCUGGCUCCAGCUGGGAGACCCGAGCAGCGCACCUGGGCCGAGCCCUGGAGCAGUGGCGUGGGGCCUGGCUCAGCACAGGGGGUAGAGCUGCCCCUUCCCCAGCUGGGAGGGCCUGGCCCAGCCUGGGGGCAGCUGCUCCGGGUGGCCCCGGGCAGGCUCCAUAAUGCCAAAUUAGUGUUUAGGUUUGUGCUCCGAGACAGAGUGCAGUAAGCUGUCUCAGGGGGCUCCGUGCUGAGCCCCCUCUAACCCGCUCAUAGAUGCCAGUGUAAUCUAGGCUUGUAACCACGUAUCUCCUGCUGCUCAGCCCGACAGAGCAUUAAUGGACAGUAACUGAUGUUUACACACUGCAACAAUGAUUAAAAUGGAUCCUGAUUGGUA